AUGUCCCAGGAAUAUCUACAACGGCCAACAUCCUCGGUUGAUUGGUGGCCCGACCCGGCCUCGUUUGUCCUCGGUUCACGCGACAUGGCGCGAGAAGACCAUGGCACAUGGAUGGGGGUUACGAAGCAGGGAAAGAUCGCAGUCCUCACUAAUUUUCGAGAAGAUCACUGUGCCCAGGCUGUCGGGGUGCAGAGCCGGGGUCGAAUCGUGAACAGCUGGCUCACCGGUCCGCCGGAGGAAUGUCAGACCACCCUAGACUUUGUGCAGAAGAUGGUUGCCAGUCCGACCACAAAGCAAGUCGGGGGGUUCAGUCUGCUCUGUGGUCGAGUGAAUGAGCCUCUGGCGAUUGUCUCCAAUCGGUCCACACACCUCGACCAGAUCACCUGGGUUGCUACUGAAAAAAAUCAAACACGCGGACUCAGCAACACGCGGUUUGACGAUCGGACCUGGCCCAAAAUUUUGAACGGUGAGAAGCUCAUGGAGCGGGCGAUCGAGGAUCAUGCACAGGCCCACGAGGACGAAGAGGCCCUUUUGCAGCGACUUCUCGGAGUCCUGAGUACCGAUUCCCUGCCACGUCUGCCCCCAGGCACAGAUGUCGAGGAAUACAUUAACCAUCUGCGGAAGAGUAUCUUUGUGCCGGUUCUCGGACAGGAGGACGGAACCAACCCCGCGGCGGGCAAAGCUGCUGCUCGCGUAGAAGACGAAAUGAAGGAACCUCGGGGCCAGCACUACAUGUCCGGGCCGUACGGAACUCAGAAGCAGACGAUUCUUUUGGCUCGGCCCGAUGGUCGAGUCCGGUACUUUGAGCGAACUUUAUACGACCAGAAUGCAACGGCCGUGCCCAUUGGAACAGGCGAUCGUUCGUUUGAGUUCCACAUUGAAGAAUAG